AUGUGGGACAAUUUUCUUGCUUUGCUUGAUAAAGACCUGAAUGAAGAAGAGAACAGUACUGCGCAAGUUUAAAUUUGAUUUCAAGUUGAUUGUCUACUGUGAAGUGACUGUACGUUGUUCUGCACGGGUGGUCGUCCUGAUGCUCGUAUAUUUUAGGAACGUUUUGUUGCAAUACAAUAAAAACCCGCAACUAAGAACCUGCAUUUUUCCAAGUUAGCCUAAACAAAGUUCUUACAGAAAUGGUAAUUAGCACAAAUUUAGGCUACGGUUCUUAUCUUCUAAAGAGAAAAUAGAUUACAGCUAAGAGUAUUUAGUGGUAUUCAGCUUAUUCUCUAAUAAAAUCUGCAUAGGUAUUCAGCUCUGAUUCCCUUAUAAAAUCUGCAUGCCAUUAUAUUCAGCUGUACAUUGCAGUUGGACGGAUCAUUCUUCAAAGAGGAUCUUGAUUGCUGGCUUAUCUCAUUUGCUCAAUAAUCUUACUGCGUUUCUUCUUAUACAUUUUAGAAAAUAAGAACCUGUUUCAAAUUUUAGGUAUAACAGGUUCUUGUAUAGAAGGGGCCUAACUGGUAAAUUUUAGCCUUAACUUAAAAGGUUCUUAAAAACGAGGUUCUUAAGCCGCAAAUUUCUACUGUAUCUCACUACCCUUUCUGUGAAAUUUUCACAUCAUAAAACUAAAUUCCUAGCAGCAUUUUUUACCACUACGAUGGAGACCGAAACAGGAACAGCUGAAAACUAAUGGGUUUGUCUUAGGAGCGGAUAUUAUUUCCACGGUUGGUCGAUAAUUUUUUAGUAAUUUUAAGACUAAAUAAUGACUUGAUUGAUCGAGGUCAGUGACUAUACAAUUCCUUUGCAAUGAUUUAAUCACGUCCCCGUCGACAUGAUCAAGUUUUUAUUUUUCGUACAUUUAUAUCAAGUUUUUUUUUUACCCAAAACAAGCAAACAAGUGUUUCACUGUAGGACGCACGAACACAGAAUUCACUGGAAACUCAAAAGUUGUCGACCGAGAAAUUAUGAUUACAUUAGUAAUUCACUUGAGGUACAAUCAUUUAAGUGUAGCGAGGAUCAUUAACUGCUAUCUCACUUGGGGAUUGAAAUCAACAUUCAUUAAUAUAACUGGCGCCACAUAUCGAAGAAACCAUCAAGGAGAAUGAAAAUUAAGGAUAUGAUGAUCUGUGCCUGUUAAGUCUUCCGCUUUUUUUCGACUCAGUGUGCUUACAUGUUAAGAGUCUCUUAAGUUAAUUGUUUGUUUCUUCCAUUCUGAAUAAAUGUUAUCUUUGUCAUUAGCGAGUCAGCGAAAACACAAUGGCCAACGCGGAAUAAAAACAAAAUUCCAACAAUAUUUUUGUCUGGAAACUCCAUAAAAGAAAAAAGUGGACAGCUAACAGUCAGUGAAGUUCAGCUUAGUUCUUCGUCACCAUUUAAACGCUCAGUCUAUUCGCUAUUAGGACCUAUUAGUCCGGCAGCCGGGUAAAUCCUUCGAUACAGAGCAGGUAAGGACGAAAACUCUAUCUAAAAGCUUUUUUUAUAUAUAUAAACACGUAUAUCUCGUAGUUUAUGAUCAUGACUCGUCUUAGCAAACUUUAACGAGUUACUACUGACAGAAUUUAUUCAUAUUGGAUUGAAGUUUACUUUCCAACUCGAGUAAUGGAUAAUGUUAGGGGAAGUUGUAUCUCUUAGCUUUAUCAUUAAUAGUCUGAUAUCACUUAACUUGUGAAAUAGAUAGCAGACACUUUUUCACAGUAUUACACUCCAAUUUCAUCACUUUCUUUUGUUUAGUCGUAAACUAUUGAGCACUAAUUGUUACGAGUUAGUGCUCUACAGGUUACAUAAAAUGAAAUGAUCAAACUAUCUCGAUAACUAUUAGCAACCACAAGUUUCUUUUUUCCGAUUAAUCUUCUCUUAUGUGCCCGAAGUCGGAUAACAUUGAUUUAACCCGGCUUUAAGCUGGGUCUUCAAGCCACCCUCCUUUUACUGAAGCACAAAGUUAUGUCGAAGCAAAAGCAAAAUUUAUGCCUUUUGAGGGGAGCAGUUACACAGUAAAUAGGGCCAUGUAUGAAGUCAUAAGCUACGGCUGUGGAUACACAGGAAUUACGAACGAUGAAGGCAGUUUUAUUUUCGGUGGCCGUCAGCGGGUUUUGUUGUGGCUCCUUUUACUCCGAGCAGAGGCGGACUUGUUUGUUGUUGUAUAUAUACCGCCAAGAAACAAAUGAGCAAAACGAACCGCUCGAUGCCUGAUGAAGUGUGCAAGUGGCCCUGCUUUCUAUCAGUGAAUUUAAGCCGAAUUUCCAGUUCGCAAGCAUAGAUGUAAACGGCUAAGUAGGUUGCAGAUUUUUCCUUGGAAUAAAGCGUUUUACUGAACAGUAGUAGUUCUUUCAAUUUUAACGCAAACAGUAUCGAAACUCAGUUGAGAAUCACUGUGGGCUCAAAAUAACAGAAAAAAAUAUUAGCUAAUAUUGCACAACUGGAAAGGUCUAAAGAGUUGCUGUGGUCUUAACGUGAUGGU